AUGGCUUCUGGUCCCGCUUCCGACCCUGUGUCGCAGGCUGAUACACCCAUGACUGAUGCCAAUGACGACACCGUGCCUUCGGUGCCUGUCGACAGUGUCGACGCUCAAAUGACGGAUUCCGACACAAAUCCCAAUACAACUGCAAGCAGCGUUGCAGGCGACACCCCGGAUGCACGCCGACGGAGAUCCGAGGCCAACAACCUGAGGAAGAGCAUCCUGGAUAAGAAGCACGGCAAUCUGGACAGCACAAAGGAGGACGACUCCAUUCGCCGUUUCCGAUACCUCCUCGGCCUUACUGACCUAUUCCGCCACUUCAUCGAGACGAACCCAAACCCCGAAAUCAAAGAGAUCAUUGCAGAAAUUGACCGACAAAAUGCGGAAAAGGAUGCCAAAGACCGCAAAGGUUCAAAGCGCUCUGGUGGUGCUGGUGGCGAGCGACGCCGUCGGACCGAGCAAGAGGAGGAUGCGGAACUGCUCCAGGAUGAGAAGCAUGGUGGCGAGACUACCACGAUCUUCCGCGAAUCUCCGGCUUUCAUUCAUGGCGAACUUCGUGAUUAUCAAGUCGCAGGUUUGAACUGGCUUGUCUCUCUUCACGAGAACGGUAUCUCCGGUAUCCUGGCCGAUGAGAUGGGUCUUGGUAAGACCUUGCAGACGAUUUCCUUCCUCGGAUACCUUCGAUACAUCUGCGAUAUCAACGGACCUCACUUGGUGGUUGUUCCGAAGUCAACAUUGGAUAACUGGAAACGUGAAUUUGCGCGGUGGACCCCGGACAUCGACGUCCUGGUCCUCCAGGGAAACAAGGAUGAGCGACAGCAGAUCAUCAAUGACCGCCUACUCCAGGAUGAAUUUGAUGUUUGCAUUACCAGCUACGAAAUGAUUCUCCGUGAGAAAUCACACUUGAAGAAAUUCGCUUGGGAGUACAUCAUCAUUGACGAAGCCCACCGAAUCAAGAAUGAAGAAUCGUCGUUGUCUCAAAUCAUCCGUCUUUUCAACUCCCGCAACCGACUUCUGAUCACUGGUACGCCUUUGCAGAACAACCUUCACGAACUUUGGGCUCUGCUCAACUUCCUCUUGCCCGAUGUCUUUGGUGACUCGGAGGCAUUCGACCAAUGGUUCUCGAACCAGAAUUCUGAUCAAGAUACUGUCGUUCAGCAACUCCAUCGCGUGCUGCGUCCGUUCUUGCUUCGACGUGUGAAGAGUGAUGUUGAGAAGAGUUUGCUUCCGAAGAAGGAGCUUAACCUUUAUGUCGGCAUGUCAGCAAUGCAGAAGAAGUGGUACCAAAAGAUUCUGGAGAAAGAUAUCGACGCCGUGAACGGCGCCGCCGGCAAGCGCGAGUCCAAGACUCGUCUAUUGAAUAUCGUCAUGCAACUGCGGAAGUGCUGCAACCACCCGUACCUUUUCGAGGGAGCUGAGCCAGGUCCCCCGUACACCACCGAUGAGCAUCUUGUGUACAAUUCUGGCAAGAUGUCCAUCUUGGACAAGCUUCUGAAGCGCGUGAAGGCUGAUGGCAGUCGAGUACUCAUCUUCUCGCAGAUGAGUCGUGUUCUUGAUAUCUUGGAAGACUACUGUGUGUUCCGUGACUACAACUACUGCCGUAUUGAUGGUACCACAGCCCACGAAGACCGUAUCGCUGCCAUUGACGACUACAACAAGCCUGGGUCUGACAAGUUUGUGUUCCUCCUCACAACCAGAGCAGGUGGUUUGGGUAUCAACUUGACCACCGCCGAUAUCGUGGUUCUCUUUGAUAGCGACUGGAACCCCCAGGCUGAUCUUCAGGCCAUGGACCGAGCUCAUCGCAUCGGUCAAACCAAGCAAGUCAAAGUGUUCCGUUUUGUCACAGAAGACGCUAUUGAAGAGAAGGUCCUUGAGCGCGCAGCUCAGAAGCUGCGACUGGAUCAGCUUGUUAUCCAGCAAGGUCGCGCCGGGCAGCAGGCCAAGACCAACUCUAAAGAUGACUUGCUUGGUAUGAUUCAGCAUGGUGCCAACAAGCUGUAUCCUGCGGAGCCUACCGAUGCAACGGAAACCACCGAAGACGACAUCGAGGACAUCUUGCGCAAGGGUGAAGAACGCACUGCAGAGCUCAGCAAGAAAUACGAGGCCCUGGGCAUAGAUGAUCUGCAAAAGUUCCACUCCGAGAGCGCGUACGAAUGGAACGGAAAGGAUUUCACCGAGCGCAAGAAGGACAUUGGUAUGAACUGGAUCAACCCUGCCAAGCGUGAGCGCAAGGAACAGUUCUAUUCUAUCGAUCAAUACUAUCGCCAGACAUUGUCCACGGGAGGCCGAACAGCCGACACAAAGCCUAAGGUCCCUCGUGCUCCUAAGCAAAUCACUGUGCACGACUGGCAGUUCUUCCCGCCUGGUCUCCACGAGCUCCAAGAGAAGGAAACAGCCUAUUUCCACAAGGAGAUUGGUUACAAGGCGCAGCUGCUUGAAGGCCCCGAAGAGGAGUCCAGUGAACGAGAGGCUGAGCGAGACCUCGAACAGCAAGAGAUUGACAACGCUGUGCCUUUGACUGAAGAAGAGCAAGCCGAGAAGGCUCGCAUGUCAGAGGAAGGUUUCGCAACUUGGAAUCGACGUGACUUCCAACAGUUUGUCAAUGGAUCGGCCAAGUUUGGCCGCACUGACUAUGUCGGCAUCGCCACCGAGGUGGAUAGCAAAGAGCCGGACGAGAUUGAGGAGUAUGCCAAGGUCUUCUGGCAAAGAUACUCUGAGAUCCAAGAUUACACCAAAUACCUCAAGGUCAUCGACCAAGGUGAGGAGAAGGUGCGCAAGAUCGAUCACCAGCGAAAGAUGCUCCGCAAGAAGCUGGAAAUGUAUCGCUCGCCUCUCCAGCAGCUCAAGAUCAACUACACCGUAUCCACCACCAAUAAGAAGGUCUACGUCGAAGAAGAGGACCGAUUCCUCUUGGUCAUGCUUGACAAGUAUGGCGUUGAGGGUGAAGACCUUUAUGAGAGAAUUCGCGAAGAGAUCCACGACUCAUCUUUGUUCCGUUUCGACUGGUUCUUCCUCAGUCGCACCCCCGUGGAAAUUGGUCGUCGCUGCACCACCCUGUUGAACACUGUGGCCAAGGAAUUUGAGACCAACGGUGACAGCAAGGGCCGAGGCCGUGACCGCGAUGAGGAUGAAGAGAUUGAAGAAGCAGCUCCGGCCAAGAAGAAGGCCAAGAAUGGUGCCAGUAAACAGGUCAAAGCCACCAAGGGGGGCAGCAAAGCUGCCUCGACGGCAAGUUCUCGGGCGACCAGUACUGCUGCGACCAAGUCGAAGACUCGCAAGAGAUAA